CAACCUUCAUCAGCCAGGUAGAGCUGCAGCAGCUCCAUCACGCGUGGUGACCUACUAGCCAGUUAUUUUUUUUUACGUUUCGUUUGUUUCGUUUUGGUUUGCUGUAAAGUACACGCCGCUCAGUCUGUUGCGAAUCUUCCUGGUACCGAGAGCUGGCUCAGUGUUCAGUCUCUGAAGCACCGUUUUGAUCUUAAGGUUGUGAAAAAUUUGAUUAAAUGCAGGAUUAAAAAAUAGUGUGCAUUUAGAGACUUUAGUUUAUAUUAUCAAUUUGAUUGUAAGUGCCGGUAAAAAUCACCCUUUGAACUUCAACAAUCAGACAGAAUGACGGUCAAGUUCAAUGAGAAAAAUCAUCCCUACGUGGACCUGGGAGAUGGUCUCACGAUAUGCUUGAAUAGAGCUGCUUACUUCGACGAUGUAGAGCUACGAGAGAAUGCAGAGUUAUCGGAGGAGACGGCGAGGGCCUUGGUCGAAUUUCGUCGGCUUACGGAGGCCAACCGGAACUUGAAUGUCGCGGUUGAUCAGAACAACUGGGCCGUGAUGCUGUACCUGCGAUGUUACAACAAUGAUGUGAAAAGGUCGUUCGCCUUGAUGGAUUACGGUUACCGGUUGCUGCAUAGGAUAACGGACUAUACCAUACCCUUCGCCCAGGUCAAACACGUCUUCGAGGAAGGUCUCAUACGAUAUCUGCCGAAUUGCGAUGAAGAUGGAGCAGUCGUGUUCAUCGUGGAAAUGAGUCGUCGAUGGAAUCCAUCAAAGAUAUCCUUACAGGAGUUUAUCGCAGCUAUUCGUGUCGGUGGUCUGGCUCUGAUGCUCAACCCGGAUGCCCAACGCAACGGUUGCAAAGUUUUAUUCGACGUGGACGGCCUAUCGAUGAGCCACGUUUCGCACUUUACGCCUCGAAGCUCCAACUUCCUGUUCGAUUUGAUCGAGAAGUGCACCCCAAUUGUGACCAAGGGCAUGCACACCGUCAACAACGGUAUGAUGUACAAUGUGCUGUUCGCGAUACUGAAGCCAUUCAUGAGCAAAGAACUGCGCUCGAAGACUUAUAUGCACGGUAAAAACUGGAGCUCCCUGGCAAAGCACAUCAGUCCGAAGUGCCUACCGCCGCAGUAUGGCGGAACGAUGGAACUGCCUGAUAGUUACCGGCCUGCACUGGCGAAGCUACUUCAACAUUAUGAGGGCUAUUUCAAAGAAUACAAUUCAUAUGGAUACACAGGGCACCCGGAUGGCAAAUAAUCCGUUACGAGAUGCUUGAGAGUUAUCAAUUCAGUACCUAAAUGUAUUAGAGCAUUUUAUGUUACAACUUCAUCCAUAAAUUAGUUCAAAAAUCGAAUAAAACUAAUUUUGAAC